AUGUCAUCAUCUGCAUGCCAAACAAACUUAGUUUCCAAAUUUAUAUCAAAACAUGAUAAUAAUCUCCAAAAUUCAGUAUCACCACUAUCACCAUCGUACACAGGACGUAGCAAGGUACCGAAGUUCAACGAUAACGUAGCUGAUAAGAAACUGAAUUCCUUCUUGUUGAAUUCCAACACAAACAACUUUAUUCGAAAUGGCUUCCCUGAACAACUACCUCAUCAUACAAAACCUUCUUAUUUCCACGAAUUACAUGAUUCGCAAGAAUCAAAGGGUCGUUGUUUAGAUGAUGCCCCAGAAUGGAUCUCUGAGUUUUCUAACUUGGAACUAAGAAAGAAGGACGAACAGAACUCAGGAAGAUUUAUACCGUCUAAGGAGGAUACACCGAUAAGUCACAUUGAUAUACCCAAUCUCCAGGGAAAUAUUGGUAAUAAUAUCAUACGCUUGAACCAUGGAUCUUUUCCUUUGAAUCAUACCUUUCCAUUUAAGAAUUAUUCCCUUUCCACCUAUGAAGUUCAAAAAUACAGAAGCUACAAUGAGAAUGAAAAUGAGGCACCUGAAUUUUUAAAUGAACAGUUUAAUAUUAUAGAAGAGGAGGAACAAAAGGAAGAUAGUAUGAACACUGGAUUUCCAAAUAAGAAUAUUUCAACUGAACAAGAAGAAUUCAAAAAUAUUGCUAAAGACAUAUAUGAUUUUGUUGAAAAUAAAGAAAAUAAAAAUGUGUCUGAUAAGAUUAGAGGUUCGAAAUUUAUGAGCAUGAUUUCACUGGUAAAUGAUGGUGAUGUUACUAUCAAUGUCCAAGAAAGGGAACUUUUUUCUUUAAAAGAUGGGGAUACUUUAGGUAAUAAGUUCCAACAUAUAGAUAGUGACCGGCUAAAUUAG